CCGCCCACGAUGUUUGCUGCCCGACAGAUCACCCGCACCGCCCCGCGCUUUGCUGCGCAGCUGCGCACUCCCAUGCAGCGCCGCUUUGCCAGCACUGCUGAGAACGAGUUCAUCGCUGAGCGCCAGCACAUCAAGGAACACGCCAAGAGCACCACUGAGCUCUGGAAGAAGAUCUCCAUCUACGGCGUUGUCCCUGCACUUGUUGUCGCUGCUGCCAAUGCGUACUGGCUGUGGAACGAACACUGGGAGCACUGGAGCCAUCUUCCCCCUCUGCCAGAGCGCACUGAGUACCCCUACCAGAACAUCCGCACCAAGAACUUCCAGUGGGGUGAUGGUGAUAAGACUCUUUUCUGGAACGACAAGGUCAACUACCACAACAAGGACAAGACCAAAUAAGCUGGAAUAGGCGGUUCUUGGAGGCAAAUUGCUGAUAACUGUAGACUUCUCUUUUUUGGAACCACUGUGUAUAUUUCUGUUGGAGCUCGAAUUGACGAUCCCGUGG